AUGUCAGAGUGCAGUAUUAACGAAAUCAAAGACAAAGAACAAGAAUUAGUCAAUAACAUAGAAAAAACAGAUAGCUCAAAUCAUCUGCCUAACACAUCAUGUCACAUUCAUCUGGAGAAAGAAGAUAUUCACAAAGAACACACGGAAGUAAUUGCAACAGACACAAAUACUAAUACAUCUCUUAAUACUCCAAAAACUCAACUAGGAAACACUUUGCCAUAUUAUAUAAGAGAAAAAAAUGACAAUUACAAAUUAGUUACAUUUAAGAUGCGAAGGAAAAUAAUUGUUAUUGCUGACCAACAAGGGCGAAAUAUUUGCAAAACUCUUCAAAAAUUAAUUGGCGAUAAUUUUCUUGUAACUUGUUAUUGGAAACCAGGAGCUAAAAUACAGGAAGUCUUACAAACAGAAAAGAACGAAAUAUGUAAACUUACAAAAAAUGAUUAUGUUGUUGUUCUUGGCGGCGUGAAUGAGAAUAAUCCAUAUGAAUUUGAAUUUUGUAUCAGGAGCUGGCUUUAUAGUGUAACAAAUACUAAUGUAAUAUUUACAGAAAUACCAUAUAAUAGAAAUUUAAACAUCGGCAAACUUAACUAUACUACUAGUACACAAACUGACAAUAUUGAAAUGGUAGACACAUGUACACAAAGUGACGAUAUAUUGAAAGACAAUAUCAUAGAGGAAAUCACUCCCAGGCAUGAAAAUAUGACGCAUUCUGGUAAAAAUCUUUUUCGUAUAUAA